CACUUUGUUAGUGAACGUAAAUAUGACGAGGAUCUGGGGCGAGUGGCCCGGUUCACCUGUGAUGUAGAGACCCUAAAGAAGAGCAUUGAUUCAUUUGGACAAGCUUCUGCUCGCGGGGCACCUCUUAGGAGCAGCUGGAUCCAUUUUCCAGAGGGUCAGGUUGAGGAUGAGAAAGGCUCGAGUACCCGGCAGCUGUGCGCAGAACCCCCCCCCCCAAUCUGCUUUUAGAUUUCCCGGGUGCGGCUGGACCCCCUCUAGAGCCCCAGCCUCCACCGCCCGCCGGGCCUUCACCUGCGCCUGUCGCCCUGUCCCCUUGCCCACUGCAUUUUCCUCGGGGAGAGGAUCUUUCACUGCCAGUGGCUCCCGCCCGGAGCCCUCCUCCCGUUCCGCCGGGGGAGGAGAGGCUUCUAGGAGGCUCUCGGAGAGCUCCUGGGCUGCAGAGAAAGAUGCCUCGCCCCUGCGGCUGAGGCCAAGUCUGCCGGAGCGGGCCGGGCUCUCGCAGACGGAGGGAGCUGCAGAGAGCCGGCGCCGAGCGGAGCCCGAGCGGGAGCCCACCCGCAGCAGACACUGGAGCCGCUGCCCGUGCAGAGAGCGCCGCGGCUGCGGAGCCUGGAGCCCAGGAUUCGUGGGCCGCGAGGGCGCUAGGGGCCGCGCGCCAUGCUCCGGGCCCCGACGGCGCGGACGCCCCCUUGCGCGCCCGCGGCCGGCGCGACCUGGGAUCCCAGCCUGGGCAUUGCCCCCCGACGGCUGCGCUAGGGAGCGUGGGGCCCGGCGGGGGGCAGCCGAGCUGGGCGCUCUCCCCCGGCGCGGAGUCCCCGCACCCCGGAGGGAUGGGGCGGGAAGCCGCGGACGCCUAAGAUGCCGGCCAUGCGGGGCCUCCUGGCGCCGCAAAACACCUUCCUGGACACCAUCGCUACGCGCUUCGACGGCACGCGUGAGUCCGACCCUCACCCACUCGCAGCCGGGCCGCCGGACUCUUGCCAGGGCUCCCGCCUGCCCCGAACCCCCAGCAGCGCGGCCUAGUGCCCGCCUGUUUUCACUCUUUCCUCCCUCCCCACCCUUCUUGAGGUUGGGGACAUUGUCUCCUGCCAGGCGCCGUUUCCCGGAAGGUUCAAGGUUUGGGGUCAACACUGCUUCAGACAGUAACUUCGUGCUGGGCAACGCCCAGGUGGCGGGGCUCUUCCCCGUGGUCUACUGCUCUGAUGGCUUCUGUGACCUCACGGGCUUCUCCCGGGCUGAGGUCAUGCAGCGGGGCUGUGCCUGCUCCUUCCUUUAUGGGCCAGACACCAGUGAGCUCGUCCGCCAACAGAUCCGCAAGGCCCUGGAUGAACACAAGGAGUUCAAGGCUGAGCUGAUCCUGUACCGGAAGAGCGGGCUCCCAUUCUGGUGUCUCCUGGAUGUGAUACCUAUAAAGAAUGAGAAAGGGGAGGUGGCCCUCUUCCUGGUCUCUCACAAGGACAUCAGUGAAACCAAGAACCGAGGGGGCCCUGACAGAUGGAAGGAGACAGGUGGUGGCCGGCGUCGAUAUGGCCGGGCACGAUCCAAAGGCUUCAAUGCCAACCGGCGGCGGAGCCGGGCCGUGCUCUACCACCUGUCUGGGCAUCUGCAGAAGCAGCCCAAGGGCAAGCACAAGCUCAAUAAGGGGGUGUUUGGGGAGAAGCCAAACUUGCCUGAGUACAAAGUAGCCGCCAUCCGGAAGUCGCCCUUCAUCCUGUUGCACUGUGGGGCGCUAAGGGCCACCUGGGACGGCUUCAUCCUGCUUGCCACACUCUAUGUGGCUGUCACCGUGCCCUACAGCGUGUGUGUGAGCACAGCACGGGAGCCCAGUGCUGCCCGAGGCCCGCCCAGCGUUUGUGACCUGGCCGUGGAGGUCCUCUUCAUCCUUGACAUUGUGCUGAAUUUCCGUACCACAUUCGUGUCCAAGUCGGGCCAAGUGGUGUUUGCCCCAAAGUCCAUUUGCCUCCACUACAUUACCACCUGGUUCCUGCUGGAUGUCAUCGCGGCGCUGCCCUUUGACUUGCUACAUGCCUUCAAGGUCAACGUGUACUUCGGGGCCCACCUGCUGAAGACUGUGCGCCUGCUGCGCCUCCUGCGCCUGCUCCCGAGGCUGGACCGGUACUCACAGUACAGUGCUGUAGUGCUGACACUGCUCAUGGCCGUGUUUGCCCUGCUCGCACACUGGGUGGCCUGCAUCUGGUUUUACAUUGGUCAGCGGGAGAUCGAGAGCAGCGAAUCGGAGCUGCCUGAGAUUGGCUGGCUGCAGGAGCUGGCCCGCCGACUGGAAACCCCCUACUACCUGGUGGGCCGGAGCCCAGCUGGAGGGAACAGCUCCAGCCAGAGUGACAACUGCAGCAGCAGCAGCAGCAGCAGUGAGGCCAACGGGACCGGGCUGGAGCUGCUGGGCGGCCCGUCGCUGCGCAGCGCCUACAUCACCUCCCUCUACUUCGCGCUCAGCAGCCUUACCAGCGUGGGCUUCGGCAACGUGUCCGCCAACACGGACACCGAGAAGAUCUUCUCCAUCUGCACCAUGCUUAUCGGCGCCCUGAUGCACGCGGUGGUGUUUGGGAACGUGACGGCCAUCAUCCAGCGCAUGUACGCCCGCCGCUUUCUGUACCACAGCCGCACGCGCGAUCUGCGCGACUACAUCCGCAUCCACCGGAUCCCCAAACCCUUAAAACAGCGCAUGCUGGAGUACUUCCAGGCCACCUGGGCCGUGAACAACGGCAUCGACACCACUGAGCUGCUGCAGAGCCUCCCUGAUGAGCUGCGCGCAGAUAUCGCCAUGCACCUGCACAAGGAGGUCCUGCAGCUGCCGCUAUUCGAGGCAGCCAGCCGCGGCUGCCUGCGGGCGCUGUCCCUGGCCCUACGGCCCGCCUUCUGCACGCCGGGCGAGUAUCUCAUCCACCAAGGCGAUGCCCUGCAGGCCCUCUACUUUGUCUGCUCUGGCUCCAUGGAGGUGCUCAAGGGUGGCACCGUGCUCGCCAUCCUAGGGAAGGGCGACCUGAUCGGCUGUGAGCUGCCCCGGCGGGAGCAGGUGGUAAAGGCCAAUGCCGACGUGAAGGGGCUGACGUACUGUGUCCUGCAGUGUCUGCAGCUGGCCGGCCUGCACGACAGCCUUGCGCUCUACCCUGAGUUUGCCCCGCGCUUCAGCCGUGGCCUCCGAGGGGAGCUCAGCUACAACCUGGGUGCUGGGGGAGGCUCUGCAGAGGUGGACACCAGCUCCCUGAGUGGUGACAACACCCUUAUGUCAACGUUGGAGGAGAAGGAGACAGAUGGGGAGCAGGGCCCCACGGUCUCCCCAGCCCCAGCUGAUGAGCCCUCUAGUCCCCUGCUGUCUCCUGGCUGCACCUCCUCCUCAUCGGCUGCCAAGCUGCUAUCCCCACAUCGAACAGCACCCCGGCCUCGUCUAGGUGGCAGAGGGAGAUCAGGCAGGGCAGGGGCUUUGAAGGCUGAGGCUGGCUCCUCUGCUCCCCCACGGGCCUUAGAGGGGCUACGGCUGCCCCCCAUGCCAUGGAAUGUGCCCCCGGAUCUGAGCCCCAGGGUAGUGGAUGGCAUUGAAGACGGCUGUGGCUCUGACCAGCCCAAGUUCUCUUUCCGUGUGGGCCAGUCUGGCCCGGAGUGUAGCAGCAGCCCCUCCCCUGGACCAGAGAGCGGCCUGCUCACUGUCCCCCAUGGGCCCAGCGAGGCAAGGAAUACAGACACAUUGGACAAGCUUCGGCAGGCGGUGACGGAGCUGUCCGAGCAAGUGCUGCAAAUGCGGGAAGGACUGCAGUCACUUCGCCAGGCUGUGCAGCUUGUCCUGGCACCCCACAGGGAGGGCCCGUGCCCUCGGGCAUCAGGAGAAGGGCCAUGCCCAGCUAGCACCUCCGGGCUUCUGCAACCUCUGUGUGUGGAUACUGGGGCAUCCUCCUACUGCCUGCAGCCCCCAGCUGGCUCUGUCUUGAGUGGGACUUGGCCCCACCCUCGUCCAGGGCCUCCUCCCCUCAUGGCACCCUGGCCCUGGGGUCCACCAGCGUCUCAGAGCUCCCCCUGGCCUCGAGCCACAGCUUUCUGGACCUCCACCUCAGACUCAGAGCCCCCUGCCUCAGGAGACCUCUGCUCUGAGCCCAGCACCCCUGCCUCCCCUCCUCCUUCUGAGGAAGGGGGUAGAACUGGGCCCCCAGAGCCUGUGAGCCAGGCUGAGGCUACCAGCACUGGAGAGCCCCCACCAGGAUCAGGGGGCCUGGCCUUGCCCUGGGACCCCCACAGCCUGGAGAUGGUGCUUAUUGGCUGCCAUGGCUCUGGCACAGUCCAAUGGACCCAGGAAGAAGGCACAGGGGUCUGAGUACCAGCCCUAGAACUUAGUGUUGCCAGGCGUGCUGCCAUCUGCUGUUCCGCCCAACCUCAGAGUGAAAGAAGGAUGGCAGCCACCCCACGAACUCCAUGCUGCCCGCUGGCUCAGGGCAGGGAGCCUGGAAGGGAAGGAGGGCCUGGUUCCUGACUCUCAGAGGGUGGGCUGGAGCCUUGGGCCAGGCCCCUCUUCAGCCUGCUCCUCUGACUUCCCAGUCUCCCUCUGCAGGCUGGGGGCAGAGGCCUGAGGACAAGGAAGGGCUUUGCCAUUCCCUGCAUGUGCCCCUGCCUCUACCUGUCCCCAAUUUUUUAUAUUAAAAAAAAAUAAACUACUUUGGAA